GACAAAAAGCAAAACGUUUGUGAACAUUUGUUUCUUGCCGCAUUCCAAUCGUUCAUUUUGUUCAGAAUGCUCCGCACAAUUCUAGUUUUAAUUUUUUUGUUCUCUACUUUUGAAAUUCUCCUCUCGAGUAUUAUUGACAAUAGGACAACUGAUAAAGAAUCAAGUGCAAAUCUGACAGUACCUCGUGUGGUUAGAGCUCAAUUUUAUACUGCGUGGGAUGACAGAAGAGCUCCGGAUAGACUGGAUUAUAGAAGAAUUCAGAGCAUUAUUGAAAAUACAACAACAGUAUAUGUUCAAAAACCGUGCACUGUACAAGGUUGUCUUGUGGGCUUAGGUCCUGGUGAAAUCGCACCGUUCAUCACCGCGUUUGUUUUUAUCAUUUGUGCCGUUCUAAUCUACAUUUUGUUGUUUUGUUGUGUGUUCCGUUUCUUGGCAUAAAUCAGUUUGAACUUAAGAAUAUAAAAAUAAGAUUUUCCAAAUCAACUGGCAAAUGCAGUGAAUUUAAUAAAGUAUUUCAUAUC